AGGCAAAAAUAAACAGAAAUGAUUGGUGAAACCUGAGAGGCAGCAUUGGAAAUUUAGAAGGAAAAGUGAAAUUGAAGAGAGUUGGAGGAAAGGGUAAAGCAGAGGAAGAAGAAGAAGAAGAAAAUGGGAGUAGAAGGGCAUGUUUUGAAGCGAAUUCCACGCAUUAAAUUCCCUGAUAGACACCCGAAAUCAUCCUCGUCUUCAGGUUCUGCUCUCCAGUCUCAGCACAACCCCGAUAAGGACAUUGGCUACUAUGCACUUUCAGGUUCCAAUGUGCCAGCACCACCCCAAAACAUGGCUGUGGGGGGUAAAGCAUCGCUCCUGCCAAAGCGUACACCUGUUUCGGACAGAGAGAUAGAGGCUAUACUGUUGGGUGGAUGCUUUUGAUGUUUCCCAUCCAAUGUCAUGGAAGGAUAGCGUCGCAAUUGUUCGGUGUCGGGUUCGUUAUCCUUGUUAGCCAAUAACACUGUUCUAAAACAUUUGUUGCAAACUUCUGCAUUCACCUGAAAAGAUAUCAGAAUCAUCUUGAUUUCGAAUCUCUUCUUGUAUGAUACUGUUAAACCCCUGCACUGGGUCGAAACCCAAGCAGAGAGGUCUUCUACUUUCUUUCUUGUCUCCUUUUCAGAUUGUAUCCAUCAAUGACUCCGUACAUGGUAUAUGAAAUGAAAAAAGAAUGGUAUGUUCUUAAGAACAUAUAAGAACUUGGCCAUUGUGAUUGUUUA